AUGUCAACUUCUACACUCCCGCCGCUCAAUCCGCUGCUGAAAGUAUGCGGGAAGCGGACGCGGGACAUUUUUGCUUCGUGCCCAGAUGAUAGCAUACAGGAGGAGCCCAAAAGUGCUCGUAUCCGGCUGUCCGUCAAGAUAAACGAUGAAUACAAGGAUGUACGAGAGCUUCCUGCCCAACUAUUAACUCAACAAGGGUCCGUGGGUCCCGCACGGCCCAAGGAAAUGCGGAAGGCCAUCACAGCUGGACCUACAUCUGACACAAGCCGUAUGAUUGCAACCAUCGACAGCAAGCCCGCACCACAACCAUCCACAUUCACGAACGCCAACAACCUUUCAAAAGCACUCCAACUACACAAAACGACACGAACAAUCAAACCAACAUAUCAUCCGCCAUGGAAGCUCAUGCGUGUCAUUUCUGGUCACCUGGGCUGGGUACGUAGCGUCGCAGUAGAGCCCGGAAAUCAGUGGUUUGCUACGGGAGCAGGAGAUAGAGUGAUCAAGAUCUGGGACUUGGCGUCAGGAGAGCUGAAGUUGUCAUUAACCGGUCAUAUCUCAACAGUACGGGGGUUGGCAGUGUCUGCACGGCAUCCAUACCUCUUCUCGUGCGGAGAGGAUAAGAUGGUAAAAUGUUGGGAUCUUGAGGCAAACAAGGUAAUUCGGCAUUACCAUGGACACUUGUCAGGUGUCUAUUCGCUGUCACUACAUCCAACACUCGAUGUUCUGGUUACUUCUGGCCGAGAUGCUUCUGCACGCGUGUGGGACAUGCGGACGAAGGCGCAGAUUCAUGUAUUAUCGGGGCAUACCGCGACGGUUGCGGAUGUAAAAUGCCAGGAAUCAGAUCCCCAGGUCAUUACCGGAAGUAUGGAUUCGACUGUCCGACUAUGGGACUUGGCAGCCGGUAAGACGAUGGUAACGCUGACGCACCACAAGAAGUCAGUCCGAGCACUAGCCAUUCAUCCAACGGAAUAUUCGUUCGCUUCAGCGUCAGCUGGCGGGAACAACAUCAAAAAAUGGAAGUGUCCUGAAGGGACAUUUGUGUUCAACUUCAGCGGGCACAACGCUAUCAUCAAUACGCUGUCCGUCAACUCAGAAGGUGUUUUUUUCUCUGGAGGCGAUAACGGGACAUUGUCGCUUUGGGACUACAACACGGGUACUGUUUUCCAGAACUUCGAAGAUAUCCCACAGCCCGGCUCUCUCGAUGCGGAAGCCGGUGUAUUCUGUUCGACAUUUGACAUAACUGGCACGAGGUUGAUUACUGGCGGUGCCGACAAGACUAUCAAGAUUUACGCCGAGCAAUCUCAGUAG